AGGAAGAGAGAGGGCGUGGUGACGCCUGUGGCGGUGCUGGCGGUGCUGGCUUUGCUGUGCAAGCUGAGGAGGCGCCUGAGUGAUGGCGGAGAAGUUUGACCACCUGGAGGAACACUUGGAGAAGUUUGUGGAGAACAUUCGGCAGCUCGGCAUCAUCGUCAGCGACUUCCAGCCCAGCAGCCAGGCCGGGCUUAAUCAGAAGCUGAAUUUUAUUGUUUCUGGCUUACAAGAUAUUGAUAAGUGCAGACAGCAACUUCAUGAUAUUACUGUACCUUUAGAAGUUUUUGAAUAUAUAGAUCAAGGUCGAAACCCCCAACUCUACACCAAAGAGUGCCUGGAGAGGGCCCUGGCUAAGAACGAGCAAGUUAAAGGCAAGAUUGACACGAUGAAGCGCCUGCCGCAUGUCUGGAGCUGUUCUCCCGACACUGACAGGAGCUCCUGCUCUGGAUUCUGCAGCCCUGGAUUUAGAAGCCCCAAGAGUUGGUGACAUCGGCUGCAGCCUGCUGAGAGAAAAGCAGACUUUGCACACAUGAAACAUGUUAUGAAGGAGACAUUCCAAUGCAAUGUGGAAAAUGAGAAGCAGGCAGUGAAAACGUUGGCGUGACUGCGAGGAAGGUGGUGUACCGAGAUCCUGAGACUAACUGUGCGCGAGGAGUCACAAGACUGCAGCUGGGGAGAGGUUUCCCUACGCUCGGCAGCAUUCUUCUAAAUUCGGUUUUCUUUCUUUUUUAUUAUUAAAUCAUAGCUGUGUACAUUAAUGCGAUCAUGGGGCACCAUACACUGGUUUUAUAGACCGUUUAACACAUUUUCAUCACACUGGUUGACAUAGCCUUCCUGGCAUUUUCUUAGUUAUUGUGUUAAGACAUUUAUAUUCUACAUUUACUAAGGUUCACAUGUACCCUUGUAAGAUGCACCGCAGGUGUAAUCCCACCAAUCACCUUUGAUGUUCUAGAAUUCAGCAAUUUAAAAGAAGCAUCAAAGAAAUAAAGUUAAGAAUUAAUAACUUAAGUAAAUGAAGAUUAAGACAUUUAUUCUGUAUCAUUUUGUGGCUUAUUUUAUUUAAGAAAUAAACUUUCAGUUGUAAAAUUGUUUUAGACUUCCAGAAAAGUUGUGAAUAUAGUAUAGACAGUUUCCCUUUUUAUUAACAUUUACAUCAGUAUGUUGUGUGUGCCGUAAUUGACAAACCA